AUGCGCGGGAAGGUGCAACACUGCCAAAACUGGGCGGAAAGUGCGAACGAAGGACGGAGCCAGCACUGCAAAAAGGGGGAGAUCGUGAGGGAGAAAGGAGGAAAAGUGAGCGGGAAAAGAGAGGAAAAUGAGAAAAGCGACGAGGAAAGCGAUCGUAACAGGCCCAAAAGCGAGAUUUUGGUUGCUGAAGGCAAGGGAAAGUCGAAGCGCGAGCACUAG